UUAGUAAUAUCGAAUCUCUAUUAAACAAUAAAUCAAGAAAAACUUUUAGAGACCGACAAGGGUUUAUAGUAGAGGUUUUCCUUUCUCAUUACUGAACAUACCAAUUGUACGAAUGGCAUGAGCAAAGCAAAAUACAAUUAAAAUCGCUCCAGCUUCGGAAAUUAGCAGAAGUAAAAGUUGUAUAUUUUUGAUGAAUCGAAAUUUUCAAAAAAAAAAAAAAGUAUAAAUAUAAAUCAGAACAUAUCAAAUACGCAUAAUUGUACAUAAUUAAAAAAAAAAUCUAUUUCGAGUGUUUGGUAUUUUAAAACGGCCUCAAAAUUGGCAAAAUAAGGAGGAAUAAAAAAAUGAGCUACAACGAAAAGUGUGAUAGUAUAACAAAGGAAGAUUGGAUGCGAAAGUUGGAACAAUUUCCAUAUAAGCAAAGCGAUAUGAAUCGAUUAAUUAUGAAUUAUUUAGUAACUGAGGGAUUCAAGGAGGCUGCGGAAAAGUUUCAGUUAGAAGCGGGACUUGAACCGAGUGUUGAAUUAAGUUCAUUAGAUGACCGUAUACUCAUACGAGAAGCAGUUCAAAGUGGUCGCAUACAGGAGGCCACACAUCUCGUAAAUCAAUUGCAUCCCGAGUUGCUAGACAAUGACCGUUAUUUAUUCUUUCACCUACAACAGUUGCAACUCAUUGAAUUGAUUCGUGCUGGAAAAAUUGAAGAAGCUUUAACAUUUGCCCAAAAUAAAUUAUCCGAAGCAGGAGAGGAUAUUCCUGAAGCACUUAACGAACUUGAACGGACUUUAGCACUGUUAGCUUUCGAAAAACCACAAAAUAGUCCUUUUUCUGAUUUGUUAGAACAGUCACAUAGACAAAAGAUUGCCAGUGAACUGAAUGCAGCCAUACUUAAAUGUGAACAUAGCACUGAUUCAACACCUAAAGUAAUGUUCUUACUAAAAUUAAUCCUAUGGGCGCAAUCGAAACUAGACAUUCGGGAUGUUCAUUAUCCAAAAAUGUCUAAACUGGAAACAGCUCUCAUUGAGAAACCCAAAUAGUUCUUUAAAAGAGUGGAUUGAAGAGUGAUUGGAAAUAACCAGAAGCAAAGUGUUUUUAAGGUUUAUUAGCUGGCGUUUGCUUUCUUAGUAAGAAAUAUUAAUAUUAGGAUAUGUAUAUGUAAUCGUGUGUACAUUCUCUACGAAAUAAAUAAAUUCACAAAUGCAAACUAAAAAGGGUUUAUUGGAUUCGUUUGCUCCAGUCUAGUCUGGCUGUAUUGGAAUCAUAUAAACUCAAUAAUUUAUUUACUGGAAAAUUCUAUAAAAAUUUAUUAUGAGAAAUAGUACAAAAACAAUAUUAAUUGAUUAACGAAUAUACAUAUUUUUUCUUGUUUUAAAGCGAGUAAAUAAAACCUUAUUUCGUUUUGAAAAUGUAA